CCGGCUGAUAAGAAUAAUCAUGAAAGUCCUAUAUAAGCUACAGUUUCUUGCACAUCUGAACAAAAACAAUAUUCUUAUGAACAAAACAUAACAUUCUUAUUUAUGUCAGGUUUAACAACGACUGAAAAGCGAUUGAUAAAUGAUAAUAGUCUUUGCUGGGUGACAAUAAAUGGCAAAGGCUAUUAUGUUGGGAAGUACUAUGAAAGCAAGAAGAAAGACAAACAACGUAUGAAAGAACUGUUACAGGCAGUUCGAAAACUAGGUCUGGAGGGAGAUCCCGGAGGAAAUGCUGGUAAAAGCGCCAAAAAUGUAAAUGCAAGACAAACAUCUAUACGAAGGCCAUUUUGGACCAAUUUAUUUGGCCUUAUUUUCUGGCUCAGCGCUGGCAUUGUCGGGAAGGCAAGAGUGGCGGAGCAAACCUAUGACAAAGGUGGGAAACUGACCGCCCAGUUCAGCAGGCUCCCAAGUUCAUAUUGUGGUAAAUUUUUUAAAUAUGGACCUUUUAGCUUUUGGUUGUCUCUGGGUUUGGAAAAAAUUUCUUCCUAGAUCCUCCCUUGGAAGGCACUGUUGUCAGGAAGAAAGAAAGUCUGAAGUAUGUUCAAACUAAAACCAAGCCUUAUCAUGCGUGCGUGUAAUUUUAGUUUCUCUCUCUUUGCAUCAUUUAAUUUUCAUCGAUUUUCUUGUGAUUUAUUUUGCGUAUAAAAAUUUUAAUUUGCUAUCUAUAAUAUGUGUAAUUCUCCUAAACCAGAUAUUGGUGGUGGACUGAUUGUAUUUUUUAAUGAUGAAUGGUUUGGGUA